GCUCGGUCCGGGGCUCUUCGGGCAAAGAGGAGUCCAAAGCCUCGGAGGAGGAGGCAGCGUCGGCCUCGUCGGGCAAAGGCAAGGAGGAGAGCUGCUUCUCCAUGGACAGCGACUUGGACUACAGCUCCGACGACAACCUGCCGGGGGCUUCUUCGUCGGGGGUCCCCAAGGAGGACGACCCCCAGGGGAUGGAGGAGGGCAACGUCGGGGGUUCGGGUUCCAGCCAAGGCCCCGGCUCCGGCGGAGGCGGAGGGACGACCUCGACGGGGAAGAACCGCCGCCGGAGGACGGCCUUCACCAGCGAGCAGCUGCUGGAGCUGGAGAAGGAGUUCCACUGCAAGAAGUACCUGUCCCUGACGGAGCGCUCCCAGAUCGCGCACGCCCUCAAACUCAGCGAGGUCCAGGUCAAGAUCUGGUUCCAGAACCGCCGGGCCAAGUGGAAACGGGUCAAGGCCGGCAACGCCAACUCCAAGACCGGGGAGCCCUCCAGGAACCCCAAGAUCGUCGUCCCCAUCCCCGUCCACGUCAGCAGGUUCGCCAUCCGCAGCCAGCAUCAGCAGCUGGAGCAGGCCAGGCCCUGA